AUGAGUCAAUUAGUCGCCAGGCCCGGCCGCAACGCCGCUCGACAGGCAAAGAAACUAAAGGAGAUUCAAAAAGUCAAACAUGCAAUCCAAUGGCACGAGCGGGAGCGCAAGAAGCGACAAGAGCUCAAACAGGCACACUGGGACUCUAAGCAAGCCGUCUUGCAGCGUAUAGCGUGGGAGCAUCAACACAUCAAGGGGGCUAGAAAGAGGGCUUUGGCCACUGUAAAGGAAGACUGGAAACUGGGCCCUCUGCGUCCCAAUCGUGCCAUUGGGCCAAACGCCGACAAAUACGGAGCCCUUACCCCAGAAUAUAUACAAAAACCCGAGAUACCGCUCAAGACGCAAAAGAACAGGAAUGAAGUCAAGGAAAAAAAGGGCUUGCCGCUGGAGUACCCACUGGUCGUGGAUGAGAAAAGGUACUUUCCAAUCGUAAAGGAUGAUCGCGUUGUCAUUCUCAAGGGAAAAGAUGCGGGUAAGAUUGGCAAAGUGAAGAGCAUUGUGGAACGAACCCAUGAAAUCAUUGUCGACGGCCUGAACAAGCAAUUCUUUGACUCGUCCGUCUUUGGUGCCAGCGCUGGACUUUUGGGCCCUAGGCAGGAGAACGAAGUGCCUCUACCUCUGGAUGACGUGCGCUUGGUAAUACCUGGAGAACUUGUCCGGGAUGGCGUAAGACAGUACCAGGACGUCAUUGUAGAGCGUAUCCACAUGGAGCGACAUACUAGAGGCAUUGAUCCUUACACUGGCACCAUGUACAUUGACGAACCGAUACCAGAGGAUCAUCAGUACGAUCCUGAAACUGGCCUACCAAUCUUCCACCGCUACAUCGCAGGCACAAAACAGCGGAUCGAGUGGCCGUGGGAACAUGAACAAGUUGAAGACACAGAGUCAGCAAAGAACCCAGCAAACAAAGGCAAGAAAUCCCUGCCAUGGACCAGUCUAGCCCGUUGGCGAAGCAAGAAUAAGGAAGAUGGCGCCUCAGAAGAGGCAACGAACAGUGUUCAACAGAACGCAAGCACCGUGGCCGAAAGACUUUCAAGGAUUGAGCAAGAACAGCAGAAAAAAUACUUGGCCGAAACUCCGACAAGCGAUGAUACGGAAAAACCCCAGAGUUGGGACGGAGACACGAACCGCAACGUUGUCGAAGGCGUACAAAACAUGUCCUACACCCUCGUCGCACCCCCCUUCCCUGAUACCCUCGCCGACGAACUCCGCACCCACAUCCACGAUUUCUCCAUCCAGGCCAGGAAGGAUGCCAAGAAGGAUCCCAACGCACCGCGUAAGAUUAAGCUCAACAGAACCUCGGAGAAAGACGUACUCGCGCGGGAGGCGGUACAGAUGCGACAGCGUGCCGCGGAGAAGAUGAAGACGCCCAUGCAGUUGAGGUGGGAGCUGGAGCAGAGGAAGAAGGCUGAGGCGGGCCCGCUUGUGGACGAGGAGAGUUUGUUGAAUGCGCUGGGUAAGCACAUGCUGGAUGCUAAGAAGAAGCCGUAUCGAGGGAAGAAGACAUUUUCUGCGGAGACGAAGGAGCUGGAUUGA